AUGGCGCUGCUGAUAAAUCGGAUUCAUAUAGCAGGCAGAACCGUGCUAACACCACCACCUGUGCCCACCACCACCUCCCUGCAGGAAGUAAAUCUUUCUCUUCAUCCACAGAAUAUGAAAAGGAGAUUUAUUGAUGCACCAAUAUACAAACCUUUACAAAUCGCUUGCCAGACGCAAGAUUUAUGGCUGUGUGGGCUGUGGAGUUGCAUCAUUGUUACCAUGGCUUUGGCUGGUGCUCGGUGUGUCUGUCCUGCAAACAGAGGCUUCUCUCCCUCCCUUCCGCCCCACCGCCUUCCUCGUCAAUUGCCGCCUCCUCCCACCCAGACAAGGCCUCUGAUUUAUCACCUCCAGUCUGGCAAAUUGCUUUUACAGCCUCCUUGAUUAUUGUUCAGUGCUAAAUGGAUAACAGAUUAUUUCUAAAGAUCCUUUAAUACACAGGGGGUCUGAAGGGACAUUAAGCUGCCGUGGCAUCUCGGUUGGGGAUGCGCACAUCGGCAAUUUUCUUGGAUUGUAAUCAUUGCAUCAAUAGUGACUUUCCUGUGACUUCCGAGAUCCUUUAUGUGUUGUUUCCCGCAAUGUCAAUAGUAAUCCCUGUGAUAAAUGCCUGGACCCUAACUGGGCUCUGGAGCUGUGCUCACCUCACUAGCACAGGCAGACAUGCAGGACUAAGGAAGAUAUUAAUUUCCCGCUUCAUCAAUAUGAUUUGUGGCUCAUAAAAUCAGAGAUGGAUCCAACAGCUGUGUAAUAGGGAUUUUAACCUACGUUUGCUUUGGUUUCAAGCUAUUCCACUUUUAAUGGCCUCUGUGCAGAUCUCUCACAUCUGGUUGGCUGUACCUCUGCCCUGUUGGGAAAGUAGAGCUGCUAAUGGACAUAACUCACUGCUGCUCUCCGCUCAAUAAACUGGAAUCAAUACGUCUUCUUUAGCUAUGGAGACCAAGUUUUAAUGAAUGUUAUGUUUAUUAAUCAGUUCUGGCAUCCCUUAUUCUAAUGAGUUUGCAAAGAAAAUUAGUAGAGUGUUAAUUUGUAACUUUGUUUGUGAUUCUUGAUUUUCAGGGCUGUCCCCAGAUCCUGCCCAUCAGUGACAUCCUGGUACCUGCAGGGAUCAUUCGUCCAAUCACGCUGCGAGCCCGGAACCUCCCUCAGCCCCAGUCUGGACAGAAGAACUAUGAGUGUGUGUUCAACAUCCAGGGCAAGAUGCAACGCAUCCCAGCUGUACGCUUCAACAGCUCAUGUAUCCAGUGCCAGAACACUUCAGUGAGUACAUGGCCUAUUAAUAUGACUUAUCCGCACUGAAAGCCUUAUUUCCAGGCCCUCAGAAUGUUGUUGUUUAUACAGUAUUUACUGUAAAAGAUAAUGUAAAUUGUUAUUUGAUUUGGAAUCUUGGUCCAGUGUAAAAACUAUUUUUGUACUUUUAUACUAUUAUGCAUAUCUUACACCGAUCUUUUGAAAUAGUUUCCCACAGGUCCCUUACCAAUACUUGUAUAGAGAAAGAGUAUGCCUCCCCCUCUGCCUCUCUUCCUCUCUCUCACAUGGAAAUAAUAGGCAGAAAAAUCAAGGUGACUUUCCAUUGAGUCACUGAUCACAAAAAAACGUUAUCCGCAAAAUCAGCAAAGACAUCAAUUCAGAGCAUUAAAGUUGUUUUCUCAAUCCCAGUGAAAGAUGUGGCAUGUCAAAGAGCUGACAUUGAGUCUCCUCUCUACCCCUCUUUCUCUCUCUCGCUCCGUAACACCCUCUCUCUCUCUCUCUCUCUCUCCCUUUCUCUCCUACUCCCUCUGUCUCAUAGUAAUGUUACAGACGGCUGCCUUCUGUGACCCAUCUGGUUGUCACAGUAACCCCAGGGAAUCUUGUAAAAUAAUUAGCCAGUCACAGGAUGUGGGUCUUAAUUUGGUUGGACAAUGUGACCUAGGAAAAGGGAAUGUGGUGUGGGUGGAGGGGCCGCAGCGUUCCCUCUGCCACGGAGUGUCUCCCCUCUAACCCCCUUAACCCCUGGAGGUCAAAGGUCAGGCUGUGGGCCACUGUCCUUCGACACAGGACAAUUGAUAUCCCGUGGCAAUUUAAUAAUGAGGAUCACGUAUCCAGCACACACGGCCUUCCCCAGCGGGUCGGGUUAGGAUUGAUUGUUGUCCUUUCCCUGGCUGACACAUACUGCCUGGCGCACUACAUUGUGAAGGCCUUCGGAAGGACCCUGCCGCGAAGAGCAACUGUUGUCCUUCCAUCUGCUUUCACUCAUUUCCUCCCUCUCAUCAUUAUUUAUUUCUCUGACCCCCACCCGCACGCUACAGCUAUGCAUUUAAAAUGAAAUUGAAAGUAGUUUUGUGGUAGACCAUUAUUAAGUGAGUGCACAAAGGUUAGAGCAUUGGGCAUUGGGGUUUGGAUUGUUCAAAGCAUAACUCUGCAGAUGCUGUGUGAACAAUGAAACAGCUCUAUGAAUAUAGUGAGGCAAUCAGCAUAAAUAGAUGGACUCUAGUGUGUUAAUCACUUCAGCUAGAGGUAAACAUUUGAGGCUGUUUACCACACACACGGACAGGCUGAGUAUACAACAUUAAACUGUAAAUGUUAGGCCUCCCUCACACUCCCCUGCUUCAUCUCAAUCUGACAGAAAGAGAAACCACGCCCUGAGAUUGAUAUUCAGGCACUGACAUUUUUUUUUACUACUCCCCUCCCCCAUCGACUCCCCUCCCCCAUUCUGACUGGUAGCUACUACCCUCACCCUCUGUCUCUCUCUUUCUUUCUCCCAGCCCCCUCUCCCCCUCUCUCUGUUUGGAAGGGAUCUUUAGAUUAAUUGAUAGUCUGAUUACCUGUGACACAGCGGGCUAGGGCCACAUCAUCCUUCCUUCUCUGUCUCUCCCCCUAUCUGAUGGAUCUCUCCUGAAUAGUAAUCUAGCCAUAGUAAAGACAUGCCGCAGAUUACAUUCAGUCCCUGGGGUGUGUGCUGUCCGCCCUCCCCUCACACUCAACUCAGCGGCAACGACUAUCAAUCAGUAUGGCCGUCAAGACGAGUGGCUGUCAAGACUGCUGCAGCCAGGUGACUUUGAGGCCAUGGGGUCCAUGCUAAUGCAAUUGUGAGUGUCCUCAGAUGGGCAAUGCUGAAUCAAUCAAUAUCAACUGCUGUUUAGUCUCCCCCUCACUGAGAACUUUCAGGUAUCAGUCAGCACUUUUGCCCUAAUGGGAGGCCCCUGUUCUGAGGUGGGGGUUAGUUAGGUUAAACAUGCUGUUGGACAUGUUCACCAGCUGUGCCAAUAUGUUUUACCAGACAGGGCAACUUCAACUUUAGUCUAGUAGCAUGUUGCAGUUUAAUGUGAUUUCACUGUCAGGUUUAGCUUUAAAGCUGUUAUUGUAGGUACAGUAAUGCAGAGAUUGAGUGAUAGUUAUGUGACUCAGCUGUAGCCUUGGCCCUAGCCUGGGUACCAGUCUGUUUAGCUAACAUUUCACUCCUUCUACUCCGUGUCAUUGUUUGGCAUGACAAUUCCAUAAGGAGUUGACAGAAGAGCAGAAACAGACAGGCGCCCAGGCUACUUUGGCCCUGCUUGAUGAUGUAAAUGUUCUCAGGGUGGAACUAACAGAGAUAUUACUCAGAUUUGAUUUGAUUUGAUUCAUCUAAUGGGAACUAAACACACAGCCGGACCACUCAUAUUACCCCAUCACUGCCUCAUAACUGUCCUCUUAUCAGCUCUCUUAUCCCUGUGACGAUCUUCUCUUCUAAUCAGGGCCCCUUCCUGGCCCUCCCUGGGAGAGAGGGGGUGUUCUAGUGGACCAACAAGCCUCCCUCCCAUCUCCCACUUCUCUGCUGUUUCCCGCCGCCUGGCCUUUCUCACUCUCACAAUGCUCUCUCUGUAUGUGUACCCUUAUCUACAUUUAUAGGCAACUGGUUUGUCCUGGUAAAUACAUUUUUAAAGUCCACUAUACAGUACAUAGAACUGUCAUUCACCAGAGAAACUAGCCCUAGGCUUGUAUGUCCAUGUUGGUGUGUGUGUGUUUCCAGGAUUGUUGUAUGUGAAGUUGACCCGUGAUGUGCAGUUCAGCAUGUGAACGAUGUCUAUGCGCCACAGAUCUAGAGUAGCCCUGUGUCAGUGAUGCAGACAGAUAACAGCAGUUUGCCCUCAGACAGACAGACCAGUAAACAGACCAGAACAACACAUAUGUCUGACAGCACAUCCUGCAUAAAUACAACACAAGGUUGUACCCUUGCCUCUGCCCGCAAUCCUCUUUCCAUGCUCCAACUCUUCCCUGUCUCUCUGCCUCUACUUUGGCAUUUCCAUUCAUUCAUUUUGUCCAGCUAAAUAGAACAGAUACUGUUAAGCUAUUAUACUGGCUUCCUGCUGGUGUGGUUGGAUACAUGUAAUUUAAAUUAUACUGCAGCAGGUGCAUCCUGCAUGACCCACAUCCCACCUGCAUCCAAAGAGAAAUACAGUACCUUUUUGUAAGGUACAUAUGCAUAAAGAUUAGACAACUCUGUAUGAUAAUUCAUUCUGAUCCACAUCAAUCCAUAAAUCACAUUCCCCAACUGUACGAUAUCCUUCAGAAAUGUGAUUUGGUAUCAUGUCAAAACGCAUAGAUGUACUGUAAUUCAGCUCAAACGCAUGCAUGCUUGUUUCUUUCCUUUAUCUGUCUUCCCGCUUGAUUUGUACUGCAGACAUCAGCAAUGUGCUGCCAUAGCCGGAAUAAAUCAGUAUGAUACACCCCCCACACAUAUGCACACUGCCUUUGAAAUAAAUGAUAAGUAGGGUCUUUGCCGUUAAAACUCAAUAAGCAUUUGCUUUGAUAAUGUAAAGGUUUUUUGUGCAUUUUUGUUUGACAGCAUGCUUUACGUUGCAGAUUACACAUGGCACACGUAUAACCUUUGAUAGGCUGAAUCGGCAUACAUGGGACUUUUCAUCUUUUGUAUCAAGAUGAGAGGAAAUCCAAAUGAAUCCAUGGACGUAAGUGUUGCUAAGCGCUGCUGACCCCUUAGCGACAGGCAUUGGCGGUGUUACCCAGGAAACGUACAGUAAAGCCUUUUGCACAAUGACCAAGUUCUGAACUACCCAUUUGAUGGAAAGUGCUCUCACAAAGAACACCAUUAUUCCCGGACGAUGGUAGCAAAGCUUUUUGAAUAAAAACACUUACAUGUUCUUUUUUCAGGCUUUCUGAACCAGCAUGCCCUCAUUAUUCUAUUAUUCUCAUCAAGUGCCCAAUCAGACUAUGAAUGUCUUUGGUGCUUCUAAGUGGAACAUACAGUUGGGAAGGGAAAUGACCUGCCCUGCUCUUGACACCAAAGGCCCCACUAAUGGAAGAAAUGUAGCAUGAAACAAUCUACAUGUUAGUGAUACUGUGGGGAAUGUCACCUCAUGGUCAGUGUAAACAUGCUUCCAUGCACACUAAGUAGUAGGAUAUGAUAUAUUGUGCACUGCAUACAUAUAUUUUUAGGUAGGUUUAUCUUACACCUGCUCUUUGUAUUAACCAUAGAAAAUGGCAUUCUAAUGCUAUGGUAUUUAUCCUUUCUCUUGUGAUUGUUGCAUAUUGCAUCCCUGUCGGUCUCUGAGGUUAGAUAUACUGGAUUGUGCAUGUGAGGCUCUGUAGCAGGUGGGGUCUGGUGGAAUAAAUUGUCCACUAAAUGAGGUGAUCAAUCAAUAGCAUGAAUUAUGAGCCUGUUUCAUCCUGUUUGUUUUGCUUUAAGCACUAGCAAUGGAAGGGGAGAGAGCCUCAGCUGUAUUCCCCUAACUGAGAAAUCAGCGCGUUAGUUACCCCUGCUCUGAACACUUUUUUUAGAUUCCCAAAGUCAUCUACAAAGAAUGCUUUGGUGUCAUCAUGUGAAAAGUAUGCUUUGGUUUUCUUGGGUUAAUGCACUUACCUCAAAUAUGAUGACACAAGUUCAACCAUGGCAAUAAAACCAUUCCAGAUUACCCUAUCUGUUUCUUUAACCAAGCUAGUGUGACCUUAAAUCUGUCACCAUGACGAAGUACACAUUUUUUCCUAGUGCAGUAAUCAGAAUGAUGAAAGUGUGGUUUGCAGAAAAUAUCAUUUAUGUUCACUAAUAUGGACUCCCUAUUAAUUACUGUGUAUGUUUAAGAAGGAAAAAUACCCUUUUUCAAAGGUAAUUUUGCUGAAGUCGGUCAAAUUUCGAAAUGUAAUUAAAUGAAACAGGAAAGCCUCCAUCAUUAAGGUAAAUAGAUUUUCACUCUGUCACUACAAGGAGCCAGCAUCGAUGGCACAGUUGCAGCCAAUUCUACUGCUCACAGUCUACAUCUUAAGUACAGUAUUUGUCCUCUUCAUUUAGACUGAUGGUUAAGCCGCUGCAGAUAAAUACAGUCGAUCCCUGUCAGUGUUCAAUGGCCUAAUUGAAAUCUUAAUUACUUUAUUCGGAAUAAACACAAAUUAUAAAUGUGUAUUUUUUCUCUGAAUGUAUCGUCUUUGAUAUAUAGUUUUAAAAAAUGUUGUCACAUACAGCAGAGAUAUGUGUUGUUUUACAGGGUCAGCCAUAGUAGUACGGCACCCCUGGAGCAAAUUAGGGUUAAGUGCCUUGCUCAAGGGCACAUCAACAUAUUUUCACCUUGUCAGCCCAGGUAUUUGAACAAGAGACCUUUCGGUUACUGGCCCAACGCACUAACCACUAGGUUACCUGCCACCCAAUUCCUACGGUAAAAUGAACUUGCUUACAAUGUGUAUCUCUCACAUUAGUCCCUUCAAUAGACCCAAUUUUCAUUGAUCAAAAGGAAUAUCAAAAGGAAUAUCUUCCAUUGUUGUUGUUUGCAACCCAUUAAAACCGAAUGAUAAGUAGACAACGAAUCAUAAAAAUAGUGUCCUUGUCUCAAAGGGUAGCGCAAGUUUGAAAUGUUUUUUCUAUAUCUGUAUCCAGUGAUGGAUUUGUUUUUUUAAAGGUAAGAUUACCUCAAUGACUCGCCUCGCCAGAGAGCUGUCUGACAGAACCAGGCCAAUUUGUCUCCACUCGCUAGUCUCAGAUCCAGUGGAACCAAGGCCGGAGGAAAAUCAAUUCACGACUGGCAGAGAUAAGCUGCAUUGUAUGACCCAACACAAAAGCUUCCCCCCGUUUACACAUAACCGUUAAUCUCCUCAAAGCUGCCUGCCUUUCUCUUGAAAAAGAGGGAGAAGGCUAAGAAAUACAUAUUAUAUUAAUUCCAGAAACACAUUGUAUGGCUCUCCUGUGGCUUUCAUUAUCAGGGCCUUGGGAAGAGUACAUGACAACAACCUAGAUUUUUACAAAUUAAUAUCUGUUUCUGAACCUGCCAAGGCUUUGAACGCUGCCAUCAACUCACCAACCUGAUUUAGUUUACCUAUUGAACAAAUGUAACGCCUCAUUGGACUGUGAAGAAUAUCGUUGGCCUUAUCAACCAUUUCACUAAAUGCUGUUGUUGAAUGAGGCAUUUCCGAUAGACUUUCAAUUUUUGGGCUGAAAAACAGACACCACAAAGGUUAGCUGUAGUUUAUAUGUCUGUUUGAUGGAUAGGAGUGAGGAUGGUCUCAAGUUGAGUUGAGUUUUUGUUGUGUGACACUGUGAAGUGAUAUGAUUGGGGGAAGUUAAUUCAGUGACCCCACCCAGGGAGCUGCUGAUCCAUAAAUUACCUCAAUUAUGGACUGGUGCCCGCAGAACCAACUGGACCCUAUAGAGAUGUAAGAACAUUUGGAGCCACGUGUCGACAGGUUCAGUGGGCUUUAGUUCAGCCUUUCAGCAUCCACACUGCUACAUUCCCUGCUGGACUUGCUUCCAGAUAUUUCACAGAACAGCUGCACAAAGAUUCAAACCUUCACACACAUGCACAUGCGUGCACACACACACACAGGCAUGUGAGCGUACGCACACACACACACACACACAUGUUAUGUUCUUCUAUCCUCGUGGGGACCUAACAUUAAUUUCCAUUCAAAAUCCUAUUUUCCCUAACCCUUAACCCUAAACAUAACCCUAACCCUUACCAUAACCCUAAGCCAAACCCUAAACCUAACUCCUAACCCUAAACCUAAGCACUAACCCCUUACCCUAACCAUAAUUCUAACCCUAACCCUAAACCUAACCCCUAAGCUUAAAAUAGCCUUUGUCCUCAUGGGGACGUGGGAAAUGUCCCCUCGAGGGAGAAUUCUCCUUGUUUUACUAUCGUUGUGGGGACUUUGGGGGAUUUUAGGUCCCCACAAGGAUAGAAGAACCAACACACACACACACACACACACACACACACAUACACACACACAAAUAGUCACACACAUUCAAACACAGUCAAACAUACCACAGCUGAUCUUCCAGUUAACAUGCCCCUGGACUGAUGAGGAAUUCAGAGAGGCUGGUUGUUUCCUCAGCUCUGAUUUAUGUAGGUUAGGUAUGGAUGGAUAAAGGUGAGGUAUGGAUGGAUAAAUGUGUCACAUCUGAUACUUCCAUCAAGACUUAACGGUUCAACAGGAACCUACAGGAACCUCCAUCUUGGUUGUCCAUACAGUAGCUGACCUAUCAAACUGGAGCUGCUCUCUCUCUCUUUGAAUCUGCUGAGAGUCAACUUAAGGUGGUUUGCAAUAAGUUCCCUUUUUAAUGCUGAAUUCAGGGCCCUCCCUUGCUUUUAGUCUGCCCUCAUUCCUCCAUCGCCUCCUUAUGAACACCCAUAAGUGUUCUGGCCGUGGAUCAAUGUGGCUGAUCAGCGAUAUUCUCUCAGGGUUGCUGCUGGCUUAGUGUUCUGAGUGUUGCUGCUAAUUAAAACACAGGCAGGAAAACCACCACCCCCUCCUUCACCUGACAGACACAGGGCAGCAACACUCUCUCUCUCUCUCUCUCUCUCUCUCUCUGUCUCUCUCUGUCUCUCUCUGUCUCUGUCUCUGUCUCUCUCUCUCUCUCCUCUCUCUCCUCUCUCUCUCUCUCUCUCUCUCUCUCUCUCUCUCUCUCUCUCUCUCUCUCUCUCUCUCUCUCUCUCUCUCUCUCUACAAAAAGCCAGAUUAACUCAAAGCCUAGUCUGUCAAAAAAGCCACUAUGUCUCCCUGUCUCCCUCACAGCUAUGCAAUGUAGUGGCUAGGCUAGUGGCUAAUGGCUAAUGGGUUGUUACACAGAGCAGAUUAAGUGUUUUUCGUUGUACAGUAUAGUGUAUAGUAUAGCAUUAUGAUUUCCACUGCACUGUGCCAGCCAGCCAUGCCAGCCAUGGAACUCAGUUUAUACUGAUGAGCCAAGUCAUAAACCACAGUAAGUGGAAUGAGUGCCACUGUCUUUAUUAAUAGGGCCCUAUGAAGGCUUGUCAUGCUCUGAAUGAUAUUGGGCUUUAUGCACCGUCAGUACAGUAUGAUGAUUGACUCAUGGUUUUUAUGUGUGUUUCCUCCUGCAGUACUGGUAUGAUGGGGACGAGACGGGAGACCUGCCUGUUGACUUCUCUAUCGUCUGGGAUGGAGACUUCUUCAUCGACAAGCCUCCCACCAUGAAAGGUAUGUUGUUUUAUAAUUUCUAGAAUCAUACAUUCUUCAUAAUAGUGUUGCAGCUAAAUAGUGUAAAUGACAAAUCGAAGACAUAACUGGCACACAACAGCGAAACAACAGACACACUGGUCAAAUAUGUGGUCAUCCCUUGCUGAGCCCUCUAGUGGCACUUGAGUGAUGAAUUCACUCUAUGUACAGUGCUGGGGGCUAUGGCUACCACAAUAAAUCAUAUUCAGUGGGAUAAUUCAAUCGCAAAUGUGGAUUAAGCCUGUGCAGUUAUUUUCUUAUUGUCUUCAAAACUGUUAAAUUGACAAACAUUUUUGUAGGUGAGUAAGAGAUAAGAGACAGAACUAAAUGUGCAGUCCCAUGUUUUGUAUGAACACACCUUGUAUAACUGCAAGUCGGGGACAAAUAGUGGUUGUCAAUACUUCCCUCAAAGGAGCUUUAUCUCACUGGUUUCAUCAGGCCACUCUGAAAGAGACCUGUAGCUCUCCACAAUCAGUCUGCAGAUAGCAUCUCUCCACUGGGCUAUUGGCCCUGCGCAAAGAUGAGCUGAGAGGAGAGAGCUAGUCAUGUAGCUAGCUGCACAGUAUUUGAUUAUGUUCUCCUCCUGAACUGGUCAAUAACUCUGUGUACCAUCUUCACCUUUAAACCUGUGUUAUCGAGGCGGCUGCAUAGGAGUGAGGACGAGGCUGAGCAGGGGAUAAAGGGAGAUUAGCAGCUCAGGACCUGUGCUGUGCAGCGCGCCUCACCCACUCACCUUUCUGUCUCAGACUCCAUCUUAGACGAGUGUUAACCCUCCCUGUUUGUCUGUCUGUCUGUCUCUGUAUCUGUCUGUCUGUCUGUCUAUCUGUGCUCAGCCCUGCUGUAUAAGUGUGAGGCCCAGAGGGACAGCUGUGGCUUGUGUCUGAAGGCCAGCACAGCGUUUGAGUGUGGCUGGUGCCUGGACAACAAAAAGUGUCUCCUGAGGCAGCACUGCCAGACCCCGGAGCAGAACUGGAUGCAUCACGGCAGACACAACGUCCGCUGCAGCCACCCCCGUAUCAGCAAGGUAAGACUGGAGCACAGAGAUAUACUGUGUAUAAUACUGUAUGUUUGUGUUUAAUUCUGUGGGCUAGAGCAUCUGAACCCAGGCCUUCUGCUGUGUGUGAGCAUGCUGACAGGGAUAUUGCUUCUCCGUGACCUUGACCCUGUUUCCAUGGACAGAUCCACCCGUUGACAGGGCCCAAAGAGGGGGGCACGCGAGUGAUGAUCGAAGGGGGAGAACCUCGGGCUGCAGGUGCGGGAGAUCGCCCAUGUCCAGGUGGCUGGGGUUCGCUGUAACCCUGUGCCCUCCGAGUACAUCAGCGCUGAGAGGUGAGUGUGGUGACUUUGUCAAUAGGGUUUCACUUGAAUGGUAUGCAAGUAAAUGAGUGAUACUUGGUCAUAUGUCUGCUAACUCUAUUUCGUUUUAACAUUAGGCAACAUAAGCAGUGGGCCUUUGACUGACAGCUGAGUGUGUGUGUUCUGUCCCUCAGGAUCGUGUGUGACAUGUCCGAGGCGCUGUUGCCCCACUCUCCAGGCGGCCCAGUGGAGCUGUGUAUUGGGGUGUGCAGUGCAGAGUACCGCACUCAAUCGUCCCAGACCUACUCCUUUGUGGUGCGUUUGACCCCACAUGACCCCAUCUCUUUCCAGAACGAUGACUGUGCAGAAAGUGUCUGGCCGUUUCCGGAGGCAGAGGAAGGAUACCAACCAAUUGCAGUGGUUCUGCCCCGGGAACUAACUAGUCUUAUGCUGCAAUACAGAGAUGGUGAACAUGUUGUGAAAGAAAGUGUGGCCGAUGUGACAUACAGUAAUUACCCAGCUAUCCCAAUGGAGCAUUAAGCAGCGGUGAAACAGGAAUGUGACGUUAGUUUAUAAUCUCCUCAGCCUGCGAGCCGAGCAGCUGACUGAAAUGAAUGGGCUUCACUGCUGCCCUUAAACGAGCAAUCAAUAGCAGUCCUGCAGUUCUAUUCCAGCAGAACCCAAACGCAGCUCCCAGCCAAAUGAAUACAUGUGCAUGGAGCAAUUACGUAUGUAACUAAUUACAGAAGAAAAUAACUUUCUCACUCAUGUCACUGUCACUGUGCUACUGAAAAUACUUAAACUGCAGUGCAGUGUGUUGCAGCAAUUACCAGAAAUAUAAUGGGAAUCGGUUUGUUGCACUGUAGCUUUUCACAAAAACUGCAUAAUUGUUUUGUGUGCUGCUGGUGCUGGGUGUUAACAGUGAGUUUCCUUCCUCUCUCAGACCCCCAGCUUCAACCGUGUGCGCCCGGAGAAGGGCCCCGUGUCCGGGGGGACCCGUCUGACAAUAUCAGGCCAUCAUCUGGACACUGGGAGCACCGUCACUGUGUUCAUCGCCCAGGAGGAGUGUCUGUUUGUUAAGUGAGUAGUCAGCUUGACCCCACCUCAGGGGAAUGGACUGUGGUAGUAUAGUAGUGCAGUGUUGUCUGUGCAGUACACUCAGAACUGAACAUACUGUACACACUCUGUCUGUGACAGUGAGAGUGUGACAGCAUGACAUUGUCUUGAGUGUCAUUUCAGACAGUGAAUUCAUUCUAUGAGAUACUACUAUAUGACAUUCUCUGCCUAAACCACACAGGAGGACAAACAGGGACAUUGUGUGUGUGACACCGUCGUCACUGUCUGGCUCGGGGCCCGCGUCAAUCAAGCUGUUAAUUGACAAAGCCGAAGUCACCAGCAGUGACACACGAUACAUCUACACUGAGGACCCCACCAUCUCCAGCAUCGAGCCCAACUGGAGUAUAGUGAAGUGAGUAGUGGUGAUCCCAGCCCCAGCACCGCUCCUCUCCUCCUCUCCUCUCCUCCUCUCCUCUCUCCUCCUCUCCUCUCUUCUCCUCUACUCUCCUUUCCUCUCCUCUCCCAGCCAACGGGCUGGAGCCUCUCAGAGCAUGACCAGGGUCCUGGGAGAGUCCUGAAGAGAAACUCAGCCCAACCAUCUAUUACUGCCAGUAAUGAACCAGGAACACACAGAGAUUACAACAUGAUCCCCAAAGCCACACACAGACGCCCACACAGUCCCAUUGUAGCCAUUUCACCAUGACACUUAAAGCACAAUAGACAGUAUGGGGGAUGAUGUAUCUAAUGUAUAUAAAAUCCUAAUUCAUGGGACCCUUGAGGGGACUGUAGAGCUUCCUCUGAAUCCCAACAGUACUGUAAGAUAAAUCAUACAAACAACAUGCUGUAGCAAAAUAGCACCUCUGCUACACGGAAGUUCUUAUUUCAUUCCUUGUUCUCUCUCUGCCCAUAUCACCAGUGUGCAAUAGCUAGCUGACAUGAUACCAGGUCUUUAGCAUAGCUUGAUAGCUCUUAACCACCAUGCUUCUGUUUGUGUUUCAGUGGUAGCACCUUGAUCACCGUCACAGGUACCAACCUGCUCACCAUCCAGGAACCCAAAGUCCGUGCCAAGUAUGGAGGAAUAGAGACUACUAAUGUAAGUGUUCCAAAUAUAAUACAUUCCAUCAGAAAGAAUGGAGGACCAAGGCACUCUUCAUAUAAUUAAUUAAAAUGCCUUUAUUUGGAUGGCAUGUUCAAUAGAAACAAGGUUUUUUUUAAAUAUGAGGCAUUUCGGCUGCAUGGCCUUCGUCAGGGAGUACAUUUCAUGUUUGCACAGCACCGCUCUGAUUAUUACAAAUGGUUAACCUGUAGAAUAGCUACAGAUGUGGUCAAAUAUAUUGGCACCCUUGCAUGAUUCACUAUUUAUUCUCAAAUAAGUUGAAAUUGAAAAAACGUUAGGUGUUUACACGUGUAUUUGUUUGAUUUACAACUGCACAGGACCAAGAAGAAACACUUUAAAGUAGAAAAAUGGCCUGGACUAAAUUAUUGAAGAUUUAAAUGAAUUUGGUUGGAGACAAUUAUUCUUGUUUACUGUGUAAUUUAUCUCAACUGUGGUAAGUUGCAGGUGCCUACAGAGUAAAAAUAGCUAUACAACCAGUUUUGAAAAGAAAAACUAAACAUUCUGCUCCAUUGCACUCCAUUGUAAAGUGCAAGGGUGCCAAUAUAUUUGACCGGAUCUGUAGCAGCAAGGACUUACGCAAUAAGCUUUUGCUACUGGCAUUCUAGUGAAACAUCAGUGUUGUGGUUUUACACAGUAGUCUAUGGGCUCUAUUUUCGUCUGGCGCUAAGGCUUCACAAAUGUCAACGCACUUUAGUUGGCAAUUUCAGCAUGUAAAAAGUGGCGCUCUGGCAUUUUCCACCCCUUGUGCCAGGUUCUACAAUUUACCUGUCUAACAUCAGCUUGCUUGCGCUGAGGUGGGAGGAUGGCAAUAUUUGAGGUGUGUCCUUAAAAACGAGGGUAAAAAUUACAAUUUCAUUCAGUGCAAAUAGGGAGAUUUAAAGGCCCAAUGCAGCCAUUUUUAUCUCAAUCAUUUCUGGGUUGCAAUUAAGUACCUUACUGUGAUUGUUUUAAAUUAAAAUGGUCAAAAAUAACUUCUUAGCGAGAGCAAUUUCUCAAACAAGAAUUUUGCUAGGACUGUCUGGGAGUGGUCUGAGUGGGGAGGGGAAAACUGAAAACUAGCUGUUAUGGGCAGAGAGGUUUGGAACUCUCUUUCUUAUUGGUCUAUUAACAAAUGUACCACCUGGUGAUGUCACCAGGCAGGCCAAAACUCCAUCCCACCAAAACAGGCUGAAAUUUCAGGCGGUCUUUUCAAACAGCUCUUUUUUUAUUUUCUUCUUUAGGGGGUAGAUCAGCUUUAAUAUUGCAGAUAGACUGUAUCUUCCAUCAAUGUAAUUGUUUGCAUCACUUCCAAUCCCCCAUAUGUUUUUUUCUCUCGCAAAUAUAUACAGUGGAGAGAACAAGUAUUUGAUACACUGCCGAUUUUGCAGGUUUUCCUACUUACAAAGCAUGUAGAGGUCUGUAAUUUUUAUCAUAGGUACACUUCAACUGUGAGAGGCGGAAUCUAAAACAGCAAUUUCCAGAAAAUAACAUUGUAUGAUUUUUAAGUAAUUAAUUUGCAUUUUAUUGCAUGACAUAAGUAUUUGAUACAUCAGAAAAAGCAGAACUUAAUAUUUGGUACAGAAACCUUUGUUUGCAAUUACAGAGAUCAUACAUUUCCUGUAGGUCUUGACCAGGUUUGCACACACUGCAGCAGGGAUUUUGGCCCGCUCCUCCAUACAGACCUUCUCCAGAUCCUUCAGGUUUCAGGGCUGUCGCUGGGCAAUACGGACUUUCAGCUCCCUCCAAAGAUUUUCUAUUGGGUUCAGGUCUGGAGACUGGCUAGGCCACUCCAGGACCUUGAGAUGCUUCUUACGGAGCCACUCCUUAGUUGCCCUGGCUGUGUGUUUCGGGUCGUUGUCAUGCUGGAAGACCCAGCCACGACCCAUCUUCAAUGCUCUUACUGAGGGAAGGAGGUUGUUGGCCAAGAUCUCGCGAUACAUGGCCCCAUCCAUCCUCCCCUCAAUACGGUGCAGUCGUCCUGUCCCCUUUGCAGAAAAGCAUCCCCAAAUAAUGAUGUUUCCACCUCCAUGCUUCACGGUUGGGAUGGUGUUCUUGGGGUUGUACUCAUCCUUCUUCUUCCUCCAAACACGGCGAGUGGAGUUUAGACCAAAAAACUCUAUUUUUGUCUCAUCAGACCACAUGACCUUCUCCCAUUCCUCCUCUGGAUCAUCCAGAUGGUCAUUGGCAAACUUCAGACGGGCCUGGACAUGCGCUGGCUUGAGCAGGGGGACCUUGCGUGCGCUGCAGGAUUUUAAUCCAUGACGGCCUAGUGUGUUACUAAUGGUUUUCUUUGAGACUGUGGUCCCAGCUCUCUUCAGGUCAUUGACCAGGUCCUGCCGUGUAGUUCUGGGCUGAUCCCUCACCUUCCUCAUGAUAAUUGAUGCCCCACGAGGUGAGAUCUUGCAUGGAGCCCCAGAUCGAGGGUGAUUGACCUUCAUCUUGAACUUCUUCCAUUUUCUAAUAAUUGCGCCAACAGUUGUUGCCUUCUCACCAAGCUGCUUUCCUAUUGCCCUGUAGCCCAUCCCAGCCUUGUGCAGGUCUACAAUUUUAUCCCUGAUGUCCUUACACAGCUCUCUGGUCUUGGCCAUUGUGGAGAGGUUGGCGUCUGUUUGAUUGAGUGUGUGGACAGGUGUCUUUUAUACAGGUAACAGGUUCAAACAGGUGCAGUUAAUACAGGUAAUGAGUGGAGAACAGAAGGGCUUCUUAAAGAAAAACGAACAGGUCUGUGAGAGCCGGAAUUCUUACUGGUUGGUAGGUGAUCAAAUACUUAUGUCAUGCAAUAAAAUGCAAAUUAAUUACUUAAAAAUCAUACAAUGUGAUUUUCUGGAUUUUUGUUUUAGAUUCCGUCUCUCACAGUCUCAUGAUAAAAAUUACAGACCUCUACAUGCUUUGUAAGUAGGAAAACCUGCAAAAUCGGCAGUGUAUCAAAUACUUGUUCUCCCCACUGUAUAUACAGUGAGGGAAAAAAGUAUUUGAUCCCCUGCUGAUUUUGUACGUUUGCCCACUGACAAAGAAAUGAUCAGUCUAUAAUGUUAAUGGUAGGUUUAUUUGAACAGUGAGACACAGAAUCCUGUCUCCUGAGUGGCGCAGUGGUCUAAGGCACCGCAUCGCAGUGCUAACUGUGCCACUAGAGAUCCUGGUUCGAAUCCAGGCUCUGUCGCAGCCGGCCGCGACCGGGAGACUCAUGGGUGGUGCACAAUUUGUCCAGGGUAGGGGAGGGAAUGGCCGGCAGGGAUGUAGCUCAGUUGAUAGAGCAUGGCGUUUGCAACGCCAGGGUUGUGGGUUCGAUUCCCACGGGGGGCCAGUAUUAAAAUAUAUAUAUAUAUAGGUAUUCACUAACUGAAAGUCGCUCUGGAUAAGAGCAUCUGGUCAAUGUAAAUGUAGAAUAACAACAGUAAAAAAAUCCAGAAAAACACAUGUCAAAAAUGCUAUAAAUUGAUUUGCAUUUUAAUGAGGGAAAUAAGUAUUUGACCCCCUCUCAAUCAGAAAGAUGUCUGGCUCCCAGGUGUCUUUUAUACAGGUAACGACCUGAGAUUAGGAGCACACUCUUAAAGAGUAUACCUGUAUAAAAGACACCUGUCCACCGAGGCAAUCAAUCAAUCAAAUUCCAAACUCUCCACCAUGGCCAAGACCAAAGAGCUCUCCAAGGAUGUCAGGGACAAGAUUGUAGACCCACACAAGGCUGGAAUGGGCUACAAGACCAUUGCCAAGCAGCUUGGUGAGAAGGUAACAACAGUUGGUGCGAUUAUUCGCAAAUGGAAGAAACACAAAAGACUGUCAAUCUUCCUCGACCUAGGGCUCCAUGGAAUAUCUCACCUCGUGGAGUUGCAAUGAUCAUGAGAACGGUGAGGAAUCAGCCCAGAACAACAUGGGAGGAUCUUGUCAAUGAUCUCAAGGCAGCUGGGACCAUAGUCACCAAGAAAACAAUUGGUAACACACUACGCCGUGAAGGACUGAAAUCCUGCAGCGCCCGCAAGGUCCCCCUGCUCAAGAAAGCACAUAUACAGGCCCGUCUGAAGUUUGCCAAUUAACAUCUGAAUGAUUCAGAGGAGAACUGGGUGAAAGUGUUGUGGUCAGAUGAGACCAAAAUCGAGCUCUUUGGCAUCAACUCAACUCGCCGUGUUUGGAGGAGGAGGAAUGCUGCCUAUGACCCCAAGAACACCAUCCCCACCGUCAAACAUGGAGGUGGAAACAUUAUACUUUGGGGGUGUUUUUCUGCUAAGGGGACAGGACAACUUCACCGCAUCAAAGGGACGAUGGACGGGCCAUGUACCAUCAAAUCUUGGGUGAGAACCUCCUUCCCUCAGCCAGGGCAUUGAAAAUGGGUCGUGGAUGGGUAUUCCAGCAUGACAAUGAACCAAAACACAUGGCCAAGGCAACAAAGGAGUGGCUCAAGAAGAAGCACAUUAAGGUCCUGGAGUGGCCUAGCCAGUCUCCAUACCUUAAUCCCAUAGAAAAUCUGUGAAGGGAGCUCAAGGUUCGAGUUGCCAAACGUCAGCCUCGAAACCUUAAUGACUUGGAGAAGAUCUGCAAAGAGGAGUGGGACAAAAUCCCUCCUGACAUGUGUGCAAACCUGGUGGCCAAGUACAAGAAACUUCUGACGUCUGUGAUUGCCAACAAGGGUUUUGCCACCAAGUACUAAGUCAAGUUUUGCAGAGGGGUCAAAUACUUAUUUCCCUCAUUAAAAUGCAAAUCAAUUUCAAAAAUUUUUGUCAUGUGUUUUUCUGGAAUUUUUUGUUGUUAUUCUGUCUCUCACUGUUCAAAUAAACCUACCAUUAAAAUUAUAGACUGAUCACGUACAAAAUCAGCAGGGGAUCAAAUACUUUUUUCCCUCACUGUAUACAUACAUAUAUAUAUAUAUAUAUAUAUAUAUAUAUAUAUAUAUAUAUAUAUAUAUAUAUAUAUAUAUAUACACUGCUCAAAAAAAUUAUCGCAGUGCUAACUGUGCCACUAGAGAUCCUGGUUCGAAUCCAGGCUCUGUCGCAGCCGGCCGCGACCGGGAGACUCAUGGGCGGUGCACAAUUUGUCCAGGGUAGGGGAGGGAAUGGCCGGCAGGGAUGUAGCUCAGUUGAUAGAGCAUGGCGUUUGCAACGCCAGGGUUGUGGGUUCGAUUCCCACGGGGGGCCAGUAUAAAAAUAAAUAUAUAUAUAUAUAUAUAUAUAUAGGUAUUCACUAACUGAAAGUCGCUCUGGAUAAGAGCAUCUGGUCAAUGUAAAUGUAGAAUAACAACAGCAAAAAAAUCCAGAAAAACACAUGUCAAAAAUGCUAUAAAUUGAUUUGCAUUUUAAUGAGGGAAAUAAGUAUUUGACCCCCUCUCAAUCAGAAAGAUGUCUGGCUCCCAGGUGUCUUUUAUACAGGUAACGACCUGAGAUUAGGAGCACACUCUUAAAGAGUAUACCUGUAUAAAAGACACCUGUCCACCGAGGCAAUCAAUCAAUCAAAUUCCAAACUCUCCACCAUGGCCAAGACCAAAGAGCUCUCCAAGGAUGUCAGGGACAAGAUUGUAGACCCACACAAGGCUGGAAUGGGCUACAAGACCAUUGCCAAGCAGCUUGGUGAGAAGGUAACAACAGUUGGUGCGAUUAUUCGCAAAUGGAAGAAACACAAAAGACUGUCAAUCUUCCUCGACCUAGGGCUCCAUGGAAUAUCUCACCUCGUGGAGUUGCAAUGAUCAUGAGAACGGUGAGGAAUCAGCCCAGAACAACAUGGGAGGAUCUUGUCAAUGAUCUCAAGGCAGCUGGGACCAUAGUCACCAAGAAAACAAUUGGUAACACACUACGCCGUGAAGGACUGAAAUCCUGCAGCGCCCGCAAGGUCCCCCUGCUCAAGAAAGCACAUAUACAGGCCCGUCUGAAGUUUGCCAAUUAACAUCUGAAUGAUUCAGAGGAGAACUGGGUGAAAGUGUUGUGGUCAGAUGAGACCAAAAUCGAGCUCUUUGGCAUCAACUCAACUCGCCGUGUUUGGAGGAGGAGGAAUGCUGCCUAUGACCCCAAGAACACCAUCCCCACCGUCAAACAUGGAGGUGGAAACAUUAUACUUUGGGGGUGUUUUUCUGCUAAGGGGACAGGACAACUUCACCGCAUCAAAGGGACGAUGGACGGGCCAUGUACCAUCAAAUCUUGGGUGAGAACCUCCUUCCCUCAGCCAGGGCAUUGAAAAUGGGUCGUGGAUGGGUAUUCCAGCAUGACAAUGAACCAAAACACAUGGCCAAGGCAACAAAGGAGUGGCUCAAGAAGAAGCACAUUAAGGUCCUGGAGUGGCCUAGCCAGUCUCCAUACCUUAAUCCCAUAGAAAAUCUGUGAAGGGAGCUCAAGGUUCGAGUUGCCAAACGUCAGCCUCGAAACCUUAAUGACUUGGAGAAGAUCUGCAAAGAGGAGUGGGACAAAAUCCCUCCUGACAUGUGUGCAAACCUGGUGGCCAAGUACAAGAAACUUCUGACGUCUGUGAUUGCCAACAAGGGUUUUGCCACCAAGUACUAAGUCAUGUUUUGCAGAGGGGUCAAAUACUUAUUUCCCUCAUUAAAAUGCAAAUCAAUUUCUAAAAAUUUUUGUCAUGUGUUUUUCUGGAAUUUUUUGUUGUUAUUCUGUCUCUCACUGUUCAAAUAAACCUACCAUUAAAAUUAUAGACUGAUCACGUACAAAAUCAGCAGGGGAUGAAAUACUUUUUUCCCUCACUGUAUACAUACAUAUAUAUAUAUAUAUAUAUAUACACUGCUCAAAAAAAUUAAGGGAACACUUAAACAACACAAUGUAACUCCAAGUCAAUCACACUUCUGUGAAAUCAAACUGUCCACUUAGGAAGCAACACUGAUUGACAAUACAUUUCACAUGCUGUUGUGCAAAUGGAAUAGACAACAGGUGGAAAUUAUAGGCAAUUAGCAAGACACCCCCAAUAAAGGACUGGUUUUGCAGGUGGUUACCACAGACCACUUCUCAGUUCCGAUGCUUCCUGGCUGAUGUUUUGGUCACUUUUGAAUGCUGGCGGUGCUUUCAACGGAGUCUACAACCCACACAAGUGGCUCAGGUAGUGCAGCUCAUCCAGGAUGGCACAUCAAUGCGAGCUGUGGCAAGAAGGUUUUCUGUGUCUGUCAGCGUAGUGUCCAGAGCAUGGAGGCGCUACCAGGAGACAGGCCAGUACAUCAGGAGACGUGGAGGAGGCAGUAGGAGGGCAACAACCCAGCAGCAGGACUGCUACCUCCGCCUUUGUGCAAGGAGGAGCAGGAGGAGCACUGCCAGAGCCCUGCAAAAUGACCUCCAGCAGGCCACAAAUGUGCAUGUGUCUGCUCAAACGGUCAGAAACAGACUCCAUGAGGGUGGCAUGAGGGCCCGACAUCCACAGGUGGGGGUUGUGCUUACAGCCCAACACCGUGCAGGACGUUUGGCAUUUGCCAGAGAACACCAAGAUUGGCAAAUUCGCCACUGGCGCCCUGUGCUCUUCACAGAUGAAAGCAGGUUCACACUGAGCACAUGUGACAGACGUGACAGAGUCUGGAGACGCCGUGGAAAACGUUCUGCUGCCUGCAACAUCCUCCAGCAUGACCGGUUUGGCGGUGGGUCAGUCAUGGUGUGGGGUGGCAUUUCUUUGGGGGGCCGCACAGCCCUCCAUGUGCUCGCCAGAGGCCGCACAGCCCUCCUGACUGCCAUUAGGUACCGAGAUGAGAUCCUCAGACCCCUUGUGAGACCAUAUGCUGGUGCGGUUGGCCCUGGGUUCCUCCUAAAGCAAGACAAUGCUAGACCUCAUGUGGCUGGAGUGUGUCAGCAGUUCCUGCAAGAGGAAGGCAUUGAUGCUAUGGACUGGCCCGCCCGUUCCCCAGACCUGAAUCCAAUUGAGCACAUCUGGGACAUCAUGUCUCGCUCCAUCCACCAAUGCCACGUAGCACCACAGACUGUCCAGGAGUUGGCGGAUGCUUUAGUCCAGGUCUGGGAGGAGAUCCCUCAGGAGACCAUCCGCCACCUCAUCAGGAGCAUGCCCAGGCGUUGUAGGGAGGUCAUACAGGCACGUGGAGGCCACACACACUACUGAGCCUCAUUUAGACUUGUUUUAAGGACAUUAUAUCAAAGUUAGAUCAGCCUGUAGUGUGGUUUUCCACUUUAAUUUUGAGGGUGACUCCAAAUCCAGACCUCCAUGGGUUGAUACAUUUGAUUUCCAUUGAUAAUAUUUGUGUGAUUUUGUUGUCAGCACAUUCAACUAUGUAAAGAAAAAAGUAUUUAAUAAGAUUAUUUCAUUCAUUCAGAUCUAGGAUGUGUUAUUUUAGUGUUCCCUUAAUUUUUUUGAGCAGUGUAUAUAUAUAUAUAUAUAUAUACACUGCUCAAAAAAAUACACAUCCUUUAAAAAAAUAUAUUUUCCUUUAUUACUUUCCAACCCCACCACCCCUUCCCUAAUUGGAGUAAACUAGUGAACAACAAUGCUUAGGCCUCUACUUCCAGCUUAUACAUACUACAUACAUUUUAUGGGUACAGUCAAUUUUAAACAGCUCUUACACUAAAAGGGCUUUAUCAUAAUUAUCACAAUUUGACAGUAUUAUUCCAAUCUCAUAGUGUGGAAAUAUAUAUAAAACACAGGAAAAUCAAAUUUUUGACUCCACUGGGUCAUUAAGACUCACCAAAAGCAGGUCUUAGCUGUAAUGUGGUUGGUUAUGGCAUGGAUUUUGACGCAGCCUAUCCAGCCGUGACGCACAGUGCCCAUAUGCACAUGGAACAAGAGAGAUGUGCUUUUUGUGCCAGUGAACCUCGUAUUUAGAAAUGUUUUGUUUAAUUUGAUUAAAAACCAAGAAUAGCCUCCCCUCCCCUAAAUGAAGUCUGUUUUUUUUGUCCUGCCCAAUGCAUUCACCAAGUAGCCAAGACUAUCAAUUUUUUUAAAUAUAUCUUAAUCACCUAAGCUUUAUUAAAAUAUCAAGUUUUGGAGCAGCAAACAUCAAGCUGACAUCCCCUUUUCAUCUAUGUAUUGUAGGCCUACAUUGUUUCAGCCAGCUACUGUUAUUAUUUUGAAUGUGCGUAAAACCCCCUCCAUUUAGGCUACAUGUCCAUGUGUCCAUCAUGGAACGAUAGAUGAGAUGAUGCCGGUGACCCUCGCAUUUAGAAACGUUUAUGUUAUCCCCCCCCCCCCCCCGACUUAUAGCGCUACUUCCAGCGCAAAAUGUAUCAUUGCGUUAGUUUUGGUAAAAUAGAGCCCUAUGUCUCAUACAUGUUCCUGGUUUGAACCUCCUCCUCCAUCUUCCUCUUCCUGUCUAGGUGUGCACUGUGGUAAAUGACUCUGUGAUGACCUGUCUGGCCCCAGGCAUCAUUUACACCAAGCACCAGGCCCCAGAGUCAGGCCUGCACCCCGACGAGUACGGCUUCAUUCUGGAUCACGUGGCCGCGCUGCUCGUCCUCAACGGGACACCUUUCACCUACUACCCCAACCCCACCUUCGAAACACUAGGGAACUCUGGGAUACUGGAGGUCAAGCCUGGCUCUCCCAUUAUCCUCAAAGUAAGUAGAUUGUGUUCGUUUGGUUUCAUUUUAUGUUACUUUUGUCAGUUGAGAGAAAUAAUAAAACUCUAGAGAUUAAAUGUCUUGGGUGUUGGUCCAAAGCAAGAGAGGUCCUGUGAGACAGAACCAGUACAAAGACAACUUCCCUACACGUCUACUUACAAAUCCCUGAGCUGAGGAUGGAUUUACAAGUCAGGAUUGAUAAUACUCUGAAGACCCAUACAAUCACUUGAUUGUGUGUGUGCUUUAGUCUGAUAAAGGUGAUUAUUGUCCAAAAAAAAGGUAUUUUGAAAACUAACAACAUGCUUCUUUUUAAAACAGGGCAAGAAUCUGAUUCCCCCUGCUCCGGGCAACACCCGCCUGAACUAUAGCGUGAUGAUUGGUGAAACACCCUGUCUGUUAACCGUCUCGGAGUCUCAGCUGCUCUGUGAUUCGCCAGACCUGACCGGGGAACAGAGAGUCCUGGUAAGACCAGAUGUCCCACCCACCGUUUACUGUAGUUUGAGUAUUUUAUGUCAACAAUAGCUUUUUGUGAGAUAUCCUUAAUUGCCAUUGGCAAAACUGCUCUGGCCAUAAUCCAGUCCUGUUAUUUCCCUAAAUGUAUUUCACAUGUAGUUAAUGCACUUUUAUCUGUGCUAUUUGGGAACAUGCCUGACUCUGAGGUCUUUGUACAUCAAUAAUCAAUUCUAUAAUUGCUCUGGCUGUCUGGCCAUUUUUUUACUUGAAUGCUAAUCCAACAAAUGUAAAGUUCAAAUGGGAAAGGGUCAUCAUGCAUUAAGCACUUAUGAUGAUUACGGAGGCCUGCUGAUACAAGCAAUUUCCCAUUUAAUCUAACUAUCUGUUGACUCCGCAGCUCGGAGCAUUAUCAUCAAUGCCAGACAUGACUACCUCUCUUUAUUACAGGCACGCCUCAGCGCACAAUGAUUUCAACUGUGGGCUUAAGCAGUAAAGGUGAAAAAUAAUAAUCUUGGAUUGAUUAAAUGCAAUUCCUUUUUAAACAGUUUUAUGGACAGAUUUAUUCGGCAGAGGGCAGUCUGGUCAAUUUGAUAAUUGCAAGUGUCUUAAGCAGUUAUCCAUGUAUUCUUAUACAGUGCCAGCUGCCAAGACAACCACGGCACAGAAUGAUUAGAAGUAGGUAGAUUUAGUCUGGAGUGUGGCAGCUUGUUUACCUUUUUGUAUCAAAGGCAUCGUCCUGAUCCUAUGGUAUUGACUUGACACUAACACGCCUGGACGAGGUAACUGGCUGUUGAUUCAGUGAAACGCUCAGAAUCAAUUUAAUCAGAUCAAUAGAGUCAGCUGUGGAGAGAAGGGUACGUUUACAAAUCAAAGCUGAGAUCAAAGAGAGGGGGAGAGAGCGGUAGCGGUGAUGGGUGAGGUGGAGUGAUCUCCCUCCCAGGGGGAUGGGGGAGGGAGGGAGGGAUGACGACACAUGGCAUAGCGAGAAGGCUGGACCAGCUGUGUUAAUGACCUGACACACAGCACAGCAACGGACAGACACACAGACAGCAGAGUGGCAUUCUCCCUGUUCCCUUCCAUCCACACCACUCAAUAAUUAAAGCACACAGCAAGAGUGGAAUGGGUGGGUAAAGGUGAAACUCGUUAGCCAAACCUGUUGGAGGCCAUCAGUAAUUGGCCUGAAGUUUAAAAAGGAGAUGUUAGAAGAGGCUCCAAUGAACCUGGGUCAAAUAUAAAAACGUUCAACAUGUACCUCUGAGUCUGUGCUACUAACUGUAGUUAUGAAACCCUUCAUAUCACAGAGCCACAUUUUUUCCAUCUCUAUGUUUCUCCUCCAGAUUGUGGUGGGUGGUCUGGAGUACUUCCCAGGGACCCUGCACAUCUACUCUGACAGCACCCUCACCCUGCCGGCCAUCAUCGGGAUCGGGGCGGGAGGAGGGGUGCUCCUCAUCGCCAUCAUCGCCGUGCUCAUCGCCUACAAGAGGAAGACCCGGGAUGCUGACCGCACCCUGAAACGCCUGCAGCUGCAGAUGGACAACCUGGAGUCCAGAGUGGCCCUGGAGUGUAAAGAAGGUACGAGCACUGGUUUUAUGACCCUCCUCCUUCUCCUAUUUCUCUCCUGUCCUUUUCACCAUCACCACAAAAAAACGGGUAUACGUUUAUGUGUAUGCGUUGCACAUACAUGGCUGUCACUGAAAUGACACCAUUGCUUUUUCCUCAAGCAAAGAAUGCUUCAUGAAAGUGAGCUGGAACAUUGACUGGCAGGUGAUUUUGAUAUGCUCUUAUCAGAGAGCUGUGUGUACUUUUUUAAGAGUAGUGACAAGGGUGCUAUCAGAAUUUGCCUGCUCUGAAUAGUUUAUGUUAUUGUGAUGCUCUUGUUGUAGAUAUGUGACAAUAUGAUACAGUACAAGUCAAUCACUCCACAUUCUUUACCAUAUGUUUUCUCAGACGUUGAAUCUGUACGAGGUAAAACAAGUAUUACUCAUGUCACACAGCUGACUGUGUACAGUAUGAUGAUUAUCAAAAUAUGCUGUCCUAAGCAUCCAGACAGUGACUCAGAGGUUUGUCUCCUCUGCUUCUGUCAACAUAGCAUUCGCUGAGCUGCAGACAGACAUCCAGGAGUUGACCAAUGACAUGGACGGAGUGAAGAUUCCAUUCCUGGAGUAUCGCACCUACACCAUGAGAGUCAUGUUCCCCGGCAUCGAGGAGCACCCCGUCCUCAAGGAGCUGGAUGUAAGUGUAAGAGAACUAGAGCAGUAGUUUCUUUCACUUCACCGCCUUGUGCUUCUAUCUUCACUUGUCUUGGUAACUUAGAAGAGUAUGCUUUCAUGAGGUUCACUUUUCUUGUACUGUUACUCACUGGCCAAAAAAUAAAGGAAUAUAGAAAGCGAUAGAUCCUGUUUAAAAAUCCCCUAAGCUCAGUAGCCAGCAGUACGCCGAGCUUCAGAGCAACCUCCUUUCUUUUUAAUUCAAACCUGAGGCAGAAUCAACCCAGAAGCCCCACCAGGCCUCCGUGGACUACUCGUCUAGAGACUGCCGCAGAAAUGUUUGGAAAAUAGUCAGCAGGGAGGAAAAUUUUAAGUCACUACAGCCAAGUUUUGUAAUGUAAUACUCAUACAACAAAGACAAACCAUUUUCUCUCCCCCCUUUUCUCUUGCAAUGUCCCCCUCUCUCUCCCUCUCUCUCCCUCUCUCCCUCUCUUCCUCUCUCCCUCUCUCUCCCUCUCUCCCUCUCCCCUCUCCUCCUCUCCCCUCUGAACCCUUUGGACUUCCUUUUGUGUAUUCCCACCUCUGUGUACAACCCCCCCCCCCCACCCCCUUUGAAAUGUGAUUUGUGUACGCCCCCCUCCUGUGUCCUGUCCCUCAGUCCCCGGCCAAUGUGGAGAAAGCCCUGCGUCUGUUCAGCCAGCUGCUGCACAAUAAGAUGUUCCUGCUGACCUUCAUCCACACCCUGGAGGCCCAGAGGUCCUUCUCCAUGCGGGACCGCGGCAACGUGGCCUCUCUACUCAUGGCCGCGCUGCAGGGCCGCAUGGAGUAUGCCACCAUGGUGCUCAAACAGCUGCUGGCAGACCUCAUCGAGAAGAACCUUGAGAACCGCAACCAUCCCAAACUGCUGCUCCGACGGUGAGGCUACUUACCUGUAGAGAAAUGGGCUAGUGUUCUCUUCUCGCUCCCUCACUAACACAUCUACUCAUGCUGUAUGUGUAUAGGACACGUGUUGUUGAAACUGACCGGUGUCUCAUCUCUCCUGUAGGACAGAGUCUGUGGCAGAGAAGAUGCUCACCAACUGGUUUACGUUUCUGCUGCAUCGAUUCCUCAAGGUAAGGCAGUUGUAAUGGUGCUCCGAUUUAUUUCUAACUGAGGGUUAAUGUAGGUUCAGAGAAGAGAGACGUAGGUACAUAGCAGACGAUUUAUGUUUCUGAUUUAUUCAAAACAUAUCUGUUUGGCUGAAACACAGGUAGGUCUAUAGCAACACUGUGGACUGUACUCUUUCUGUCCCCGUUUUCAUUUUUGAACCUGAAAUUCUGUGAAAUGAUCUUUAAUUGCUAUUAUUAGUGUAAUGUGUGAGUUGUAAUUAUAGUUUUGAGGUGGAGUUCUUUGGCUAAUCAUUUUUUCAAUUUUUUUAUUUCACCUUUAUUUAACCAGGUAAGCCAGUUGAGAACAAGUUCUCAUUUACAACUGCGACCUGGACAAGAUAAAGCAAAGCAGUGCGAUAAAAACAACAACAACACAGAGUUACAUAUGGAAUAAACAAAAACAAAACGUACAGUCAAUAACACAAUAGAAAAUCUAUAUACAGUGUGUGCAAAUGUAGUAAGUUAUGGAGGUAAGGCAAUAAAUAGGCCAUAGUGCAAAAUAAUUACAAUUUAGUAUUAACACUGGGGUGAUAUAUAUGCAGAAGAUGAUGUGCAAAUAGAGAUACUGGGGUGCAAAUGAGCAAAAUAAAUAACAAUGUAAAUAACAAUAUGGGGAUGAGGUAGUUGGGUGGGCUAAUUACAGAUGGGCUGUGUACAGGUGCAGUGAUCGGUAAGCUGCUCUGACAACUGAUGCUUAAAGUUAGUGAGGGAGAUAAGUGUCUCCAUCAUGGUACUGGUGCUGUUAAUUCUCACUCAGUGUGACCGCAGCACAGUGGGAAUCACUCCAGAGGCAGUUGUGGUCAUUUUGUCUAACCACAUCCACCAACCAAAAUGGCCUUUCUGUAUUUGUCCUGCCCAUAUACUGCUCCUGCUUUACUCGUGGAUUGGAUUGAAAUGGCCAUUUGCGUUAAGGACAAGAAGCAUUCAGGCCUGAAAUGCCUCUUGGAAUGUAGCUCUGGAUGACAGCCAAGUAUAUUUAAGUUACAUCAGUGCAGAUGUUAAAGUGUUUUGGCCAUCUCCCCAGUCUCCCCAAGUAAUUACCCUGAAAUGUUUCCACAAGCCUUACUUAAACCUUUAUUCGGAAUUGACUUUCACAUUUUCAUAUUCAGCUUGCAUAGCAAUAUUCAGCUUUCUUAGCAAGGCUUAUCACUGAAUUUUUUUAUUUUUUUUUACAAAAAUAUAUAUCUUAAGGUGAUUCAGUACCUUAGGGUAGAUGUUAUUCGGGAAGGUAAAGGUUCUAGAGUUUCUUAAAAUAACAAAUGUAAUGUCAUGUUAAAAUUUAUGAAGUUCUGAAAACAAACAUACUUAGCAUGUUCAACAUAAACCCCUUUAGCGAAGAACAAAUUAUCUGAGGAUUUAAUCUCAUCGGACAUGGUCUGGAAAAAUAUAGAAGCUACUUGUUCGUUACUCUCGUUUGACUGGUUUUCAACUGAGAAGAAAUUCUAGAGAGUAACUUGAAAUCUGCAGAUAUGCUGUUAUUAAGUAUGACGUCAACUCAAUUUUACAGAUUAAGACCACAGAAGAACAUGCCCUUGAACACAAUACAGUAAUACAGAAAAUCACUGACACAUCCCAGCAUGACCAAUCCGUUUUACUGAAUGCUGCUUAUACUCUCAUUGCCCUACAAAGUUAGACAAUUUGGGGUCGUUUGUGUGUUUGGGGUUUCCUUUGUUUGAGUAUGGAUUUGAAUAUUGCUCCAUUUGGUUACUGGCAGCAGGAUUUGGAGGCCUGGUAGAUUGUCCAUUGUCCUCUGUGUGUCUGGGCUGGAAGGCCACUCUGUGCCCGAGCAGCUUGAGACUCAGGAUGUCACGUUGUAAUUAAUGAUGUCAAAUUAAUCAGCCUUAAGAACUAAAUAAUAGUGUUCUCAGUAUCACUGGUUAGUAAUCAAAAGCCUGUAAGUGGGUAAUUGGUAACUUCCCCACUCUUCACUAUGCUGUCUGAAAGGGAUGUGAUUGCGAUCCCUCUCCCCUUCUCCCUCUCUCUUCCGCUUUUACUCUUUCCCCCUCUGCCCCCUGCCCCCUCUCCCCCCCCCACUCCCUCCUCUCUCUCUCUCUCUCUCUCUCUCUCUCUCUCUCAGGAGUGUGCAGGAGAGCCUCUGUUCAUGCUGUACUGUGCCAUCAAGCAGCAGAUGGAGAAGGGGCCUAUAGACGCAAUCACAGGAGAGGCUCGCUACUCCCUCAGUGAGGACAAGCUCAUCCGCCAGCAGAUCGACUACAAACAGCUGGUAAGGAAAGACCCUCCUCCACACGCGCACACACACACACACACACACAUACACACACACACACACACCUCUCAUGUUUCAUUUGAGUGUGGCCCAACGGAGCCAACCCCCUCAGUCCCAGGACAGCAAGAUGAAUCCAUGUACUGAUUCUCACUUAAUGUGGUUGAAGAAGCAAAACAAACAGGAGGAUGUUUAGCAUUCUUUGCCAUGGAAAUCACCUGUCAUGUUACUGAGGAAGUGAUGUGGACCGUGGCUCCCCCAUUGGCUGUGGGAUACCAGUGUAGGCAGUGGUAGGAGACGGAGCUGGGGCUGAAUGGGUGAGGGAGGGCUCUUGGAACGAACCCACUCAGCACUCAAUCACACAAUGACCUGCUGCGGGCCAGUAAUGAUUCAAACAAAUCAAGCAAUUUAUUGUCUGCCCAUAAACAAACCUUCCCACCACAUCUCUCUCUCUCCCCAACGAGGCGGCCAAGCAGCACUGCCAGGAAAUACUACACUUAAACAAUUAUUGAUUUACUCACCGUCAGCAACCCAUUGACUUCCACAUAAAAGCGUCACACCCCACAUUUGCGAAUAAAAAAUAGAAACAGCACAGGAAUUCUCUAAAUAUUACCUCAUAUUAAUUAUUUAUAUGGAAAAAUAGCAAUACGCUGACUUAGUAGGAUACACUGGUAUCCCGCCCACUCCCACCCCUCGACUUCUCCAUGAAUCUGCAUCCAAGGCCGUUCCUCACUCGCGAGCACACUGCCUGGUAAAACACUGCAGCAUCAACUCAGGACAGUUUCAUCUCUACCUCCUUCAUAGGGAUCAAUAGAAGGAAUGGCAGAUGUCAGAGGAAUUAGCCCUAAAGAGACAGAUGCUCCCGGAGGAGCUGUCUAUAUCUCUGGCCCUGGGGAACCCCAGUAAAGGUCAACCCUAUAGGACGGCUUUAUGCCCCCUGCUUCCAUAUACCCUUAAAUCACUCAUAAUCUGUACCACCUAUGGAUGAUGGAGGCUCUGUUAUCGAUAAAUCUAGGGCCAUCUGUGCACACUAUCGAUAACUAUCAUUCAUGGUUAUCUCUUGUAUCCCUUUAAAUGGCAUUAUCUAAGACUGUCAACUUUACUGGGAAGUACUGCAGUAUUUGAUACUCUGAUCCUAUGGACCAUAGAUACACAGAUCGGAUAGAUGUACAGUGCCUUCAGAAAGUAUUCACACUCCUUGACUUUUUCCACAUUUUGUUGCGUUACAGCCUGAAUUUAAAAUAGAUUAAAUUGAGAUGUAUUGUCACUGGCCUACACACAAUAUCCCAUAAUGUCAGUGGAAUUAUUAUUUUUCUAAAUAUAUAUUUUUUUUACAAAUUAAUAAAAAAUGAAACACUGACAUUUCUUGAGUCAAUAAAUAUUCAACCCCUUUAUUAUGGCAAGCCUAAAUAAGUUCAGGAGUAAAAAUGUGCUUAACAAGUAAUAUAAUAAGUUGCAUGGACUCCCUCUGUGGCCAAUAAUAGUUUUUAUCAUGAUUUUGAAUGACUACCUCAUCUCUGUAAGAAGGGCACCUAUUAGUAGAUGGGUAAAAAUAAAAAAGCAGACAUUGGAUAUCCCUUUGUGCAUGGUGAAGUUAUUGGAUGGUGUAUCAAUACACCCAGUCACUACAAAGAUAUAGGCGUCCUUUCUAAGUCAGUUGCCAGAAAGGAAGGAAAACGCUCAGGGAUUUCACCAUGAGGCCAAUGAUGACUUUAAAACAGUUAAAGAGUUUAAUGGCUGUGAUAGGAGAAAACUGAGAAUGGAUCAACAACAUUGUAGUUACUCCACAAUACUAACCUAAUUAACAGAGGGGAAAAAAGGAAGCCUGUACAGAGUACAAAUAUUCCAAAACAUGCAUCCUGUUUGCAACAAGGCACUAAAGUAAUACUGCAAUAAAUGUGGCAAAGCCAUUCACUUUUUGUCCUGAAUUCAAAGUGUUAUGUUUGGGACAAAUCCAAUACAACACAUUACUCAGUACCACUCGCCAUAUUUUCAAGCAAAGUGGUGGCUGCAUCAUGUUAUGGGUAUGCUUGUAAUCGUUAAGAACUGGAGAGUUUUUCAGGAUAAAAAAGAAACAGAAUGGAGCUAAGCACAGGCAAAAUCCUAGAGGAAAACCUGGUUCAGUCUGCUUUCCACCAGACACUGGGAGAUGAAUUCACCUUUCAGCAGGACCAUAACCUAAAACACAAGGCCAAAUCUACACUGGAGUUGCUUACCAAGACGACAGUGAAUGUUGAGUGGCCGAGUUACAGUUUUGACUGAAAUCUACUUGGAAAAUAUGGCAAGACCUGAAAAUGGUUGUCUAGCAAUGACCAACAUCCAAUUUGACAGAGAUUGAAUAAUUUUGAAAAUAAUAAUGGGUAAAUGUUGCACACUCCAGGUGAGGAAAGCUCUUAUACCCUUUUCAGACAAACGGAAUGUGCUGUCUUGAAAGCGCCUCAGCUACGGCAUGUUUGUUUGUCUGUAAGGGUACACUAUAGCUUUUUAAAUGCCAAAACGAAACCUUCUCUGGAGAAAGUUUCGAAGCGCAAUUGAACAGGCAUUUUACCUUUCUGUAAAGGAAUGCCGCUUUUGAAGCGGGACUAAUGUCCAUCACUAGGCAACCAGAACUGUCAAUCAAAUAACCUCGAGCUGCCUGCGCACAGCCUGCCUAUCUGCUGCCUGCACACAGAUCACACUCUCCUAAAAAAGUAUCUAGCUACCCUACCAUAAAAAAACAGCAUGAAAACAACACAACAGCACAUCAAUCAGCAACGUUUGUCGUUGUCAGGGAAACAAUACAGAACAUUCUAUGCCGGAGCAGAAUUCUACUGUCUGAAAAGGCAUUUUUUUAAUUGUCUGAAAGGUUAUCAAUUGUUGCUAUCAACACAUUACUGUAGCGGCGUUCUAUAUCUGUUAAGGGUAUUAGAAACUUGCUGCCAAAGGUGCUUCUACAAACUGUUGACUCAGGGGUGUGAAUAGUUAUGUAAAUUUAAUAUUUUUGUAUUUCCUUUUCAAUAAAUGUGCACUUUGUCAUUAUGGCAUAUUGUGUGUAGAUGGAAACAAUUAAAUUGAAUCCAUUUUGAAUUCAGGCUGUAACACAACAAAAUGUGGAAUAAGUCAAGGGGUAUGAAUACUUUCUGAAGGCAAUGUACCAUCUUUUACCACCAAGAUGCCCAAAAUCAUCCCUUGUCAGAACUCUGCUUGGCCUUGGACCUCCUCAAAUGAUGAGGAUUCUCUGGUGCCUUGAGAAUUCCUAUAAUUUGCUGUAUAAUUUGUUUUUAAUCACAAAUGCCCCACUUGUUAACUAUUUCCAGUGCAUGGCAAGGAGGAAAUUGACUUUGCUAAUGAUCAGUGAGUGGCAGUGGUACAGAUGUCUGUGGUACCCUGUGCCAGCUGCACACUGUGCUAAUCACCUGAUUAACGCACCCAGCCCACACCAAAGGUCUCCUCAUGAAUUUAUAUGGACUGGUAGCACAACGUGUACAUGCCCAGUAUAUAAAUACAUUAGAAGGACCCCUCUACUCUCUGGUCACAAUCAUAUACCUUUUUGGAUGGAUACUGCACCCAAGAGGCAACGUAGGUCAUUUGAUGGCGUUUAGUUAGUUUUAGUUAGUAGAUUGUGUGAAAAAUCAGUGCUUUUCCAAUAGUCAGGAUUCCUCUAGAGUAAAUAGUGUUGAACACAGAAACCCCGUCAGGCCUGCAGCAAAUAAUUUUUUAUCGUCUGUCAAUAUUAACAUAGCAACAUGGCACACUAGGCUAUAGAAAGAUAUUAACCAGUAGACAAUACAGAAUCUAUUAUUCAUGAUAAUCUCUGCAUAGAGUUUGUAUAUGAACUCAGAGGAUGGCCUCGUUGUGACACCACUCCUCUAUGUUAGUUAAUCUGUCAAUGCAAGUUGCACAUUAGGCUGAAUGCAUCUUCAUUUGUUAUAAUGACAGUUUCCCAAAUAGAGCCUGACUUCUCUAUAUUGUGACUGAUUGAGCUGUGAAGGGGUGCCAGAACUGUUAAAAAGAUAUUAUGCGUUUGCUCUCUAUCCUCAAUCUCCUCCUUUUAACUAUGGCACAUGGUGUCAUAUAAAUCCUUGUUUGUAGUUAAAUCAAUGUCCUCUGUCAGUUUUUUAUUGACCUGAGGAUGGCUCAUAAAUGUGUCCUCCAGAUCGCUUUAAUUCUUCGCUGAUUGUCUUCAAACAGAUGAAAUCUUCAUUAUCGACAAUGCAGUUAAUAUAUCUGGGGGGACUAUUGAUAAAAUAGCAUUUAAAGUGAUUCAUGAAAAACAAACACCUGAGGAAAUUGCAGUCAAAAUCUCUCUCUUUAUUUAAUGAGAUUGAACAGUACUUUAACGACUAGUAAGUCUUUUUUAAACCUCCCGCUUUGGGAUGGAUGUGUCAAUGUGUAGUUCAUACAUGCAUAAUAUAUGAGCAGAAUUACAGAUUUACCUCAAUUAGCCACGAAAUCCCUAGUUUGAAAGCGACUGUUUUCUGGAAGCUGUGCAGCUCAAUUUUUGCUACAUUUCAGCCCACGUGCGCCAGCCCCCUAGUCAUUCGAGUUUCAACCAAUGAGCUUGCUGCUAGCAAAAGGCCUGCCCAGCGUUAUCCAAUGUGGUUGCAGGGCGGGCCCAACGGCUCAGUGGACACAGCAGAGAGCGAUAGAGAGAGCAAUGACGUGGUGCACAUAUCUGCUCAUAUGUGACGUUGUAUGUAAUUCUCGGGGACCACUUUCGGCUCGUGAGUGCUACUUUCAAAAUUACUGGCAGAAAUUAUGCAAAAGUUUGACAAUGUACUGACAGCCCUGUGGUUUCUCCCUCCUCAGACUCUGAUGUGUAUCCCUCCGGAGGGCGAGGCAGGCACGGAGGUCCCGGUGAAGGUGCUAAACUGUGACACGGUCACUCAGGUCAAGGACAAGCUGCUGGACGCUGUAUACAAGGGCAUUCCCUACUCCCAGAGACCCCAGGCUGACGACAUGGACCUUGGUAAGAACCAGUGCAUUCGGAAAGUAUUCAGACCCCUUGACUUUUUCCACAUUUUGUUACAUUACAGCCUUAUUUUAAAUUGGAUUAAAUAAAUACAAAUUCUCAUCAAUCUACACACAAUACCCCAUAAUGACAAAAUGAAAACAGGUUUUUGGAAGUUAUUGCAAAUGUAUUACAAAAAAAAACAGAAAUACCUUAUUUACAUAAGUAUUCAGACCCUUUACUCAGUACUUUGUUGAAGUACCUUUCGCAGCGAUUACAGCCUCAAGUUUUAUUGGGUAUGACGCUACAAGCUUGGCACACCUGUAUAUGGGGAGUUUCUCCCAUUCUUCUCUGCAGAUCCUCUCAAGCUCUGUCAGGUUGUAUGGGGAGCGUCGCUGCACAGCUAUUUUCAGGUCUCUCCAGAGAUGUUCGAUCGGGUUCAAGACCGGGCUCUGGCUGGGCCACUCAAGGAUAUUCAGAGACUUGUCCCGAAGCCGCUCCUGCGUUGUCUUGGCAGUAGAAUGGCCUUACUGAAGAGCUCAGUGACUUUCAAUGUGGUACCGUCAUAGGAUGCCACCUUUCCAACAAGUCAGUCCGUCAAAUUUCUGCCCUGCUAGAGCUGCCCCGGUCAACUGUAAGUGCUGUUAUUGUGGACGUCUAGGAGCAACAACGGCUCAGCCGCGAAGUAGUAGGCCACACAAGCUCACAGAACGGGACCGCCCAGUGCUGAAGUGAGUAGUGCUUACAAAUAAUCUGUCCUCGGUUGCAUCACUCAGUACCAUGUUCCAAACUGUUUCUGGAACUGUUUGUCGGGUGUUUCAUGAAAUGUGUUUCCAUGGCCGAGCAAUUCCAAGCAUCGGCUGGAGUGCUGUAAAGCUCGGCGCCAUUGGACUCUGGAGCAGUGGAAACGCGUUCUCUGGAAUGGUAAAUCACGUUUCACCAUCUGGCAGUCCGACGGACUAAUCUGGGUUUGGCGGAUGCCAAGAGAACGCUACCUGCCUGAAUGCAUAUUGCCAACUGUAAAGUUUGGUGGAGGAGGAAUAAUGGUCUGGGCCUGUUUUUCAUGGAUCAGGCUAGUCCCCUUAGUUCCAGUGAAGGGAAAUCUUAACGCUAAAGCAUACAAUGACAUUCUAGACGAUUCUGUGCUUCCAACUUUGUGGCAACAGUGGAAGGUCCUUUCCUGUUUCAGCAUGAUAAUGCCCCCAUGCACAAAGCGAGGUCCAUACAGAAAUGGUUUGUCGAGAUCGGUGUGGAAGAACUUGACUGGCUGCAGAGAGCCCUGACCUCAACCCCAUCUAACACCUUUGGGAUGAAUUGGAACGCUGACUUCGAGCCAGGCCUAAUCGCCCAACAUCAGUGCCCAACCUCACUAAUGCUCUUGUGGCUGAAUAGAAGCAAGUCCCUGCAGCAAUGUUCCAACAUCUAGUGGAAAGCCUUCCCAGAAGAGUGCAGCAAAGGGGGGACCAACUCCAUAUUCAUGAAUUAGAUGUUCGACGAGUAGGUGUCCACAUACUUUUGGUCAUGUAGUGUAUCUAUGUCUAUGGCAGUGUUUCUUAACCCCAAGGGGUGCACAUUUUUGCUUUUGCCCUAGCACUACACGGCUGAUUCAAAUGAUCAAUUAAUAGUCAAUAUUUUGAAUCAUGAGUGAAGGGCUAAGGAAAAAACUAAAAUGUGCAGGACCAAGAUUAAGAAACACUGGUGUAUGGUAAUAACAGCCUCGUAGACUACAGACAUACUCACUCUUAUGUGAAGGUUGUCUUCAUUACUGUGAAGGAUUUAUUGUAACUAAUUGCAUCAUUGGCUAAUAGUGAUUCCCUGUUGAAACUAAAGAUACAGGUUAAACUAAUCAGAUCAAACCAAUCUUCUGUUGUUCCUCACAGAGUGGCGACAAGGUAGACUGACCAGAAUUAUCCUUCAAGAUGAGGACGUCACCACGAAGAUCGAGAGUGACUGGAAGAGGCUCAACACCCUGGCCCACUACCAGGUCAGACAGCAUCACCAGCUGGACACAUCCACAUAAUACUCAUUCACAUUACUCACACACAAAGACAAAUACUAUCAUAUUGAUGGUCAUUCAUUUAAUGAUACAAUAUUAAAGAUCUCUCCUCCUCCAGGUGACCGAUGGUUCUCUGGUAGCCUUGGUCCAGAAGCAGGUCUCAGCCUACAAUAUUGCUAACUCAUUUACCUUCACCCGCUCUCUGAGCCGCUAUGGUACGUAUCAAUGACCCUUUCAGUUUUUCCAUACCUACUGUAUGAAAGCCCACCCCCACCCAGCCUCCUACAGUAUCUGACUGUGUGUCGUCGUGUUUCCAGAGAGCCUCCUGAGGACGUCCAGCAGCCCAGACAGCCUGCGCUCCCGGGCCCCCAUGAUCACCCCUGACCAGGAGACUGGCACCAAGCUCUGGCACCUGGUCAAGAACCACGAGCACGCUGACCAACGGGAGGGCGACCGCGGCAGCAAGAUGGUGUCUGAGAUCUAUCUCACCCGCCUACUGGCAACCAAGGUCUCUUUUCGUUGUAUUUUUGUGAAUUAUCUCAUAAUGUAUCAUGACAAUGUAUCAUUGCCAGGCACACAUUCCUUUCUUGGACACUGUGUUAACACCACUUGUCUGAUCACCCUACAGGGAACUCUGCAGAAGUUUGUGGAUGAUUUGUUUGAGACAGUGUUCAGCACGGCUCACCGCGGCAGUGCCCUCCCUCUGGCCAUCAAGUAUAUGUUUGACUUCCUGGAUGAGCAGGCCGACAGGAGGCAGAUCACUGACCCGGACGUCCGCCACACCUGGAAGAGCAACUGGUGAGCACAGAGUGACCUCUCUGUCUGCCCCUGUUUCUUAUAGCUGCCCCUUAAAUAAGCCAAUGGAACCCAAGCUGUAUCUGUGCAUUUGGUCAAAGUCUCAGUCUGUCUCAGUCUUCUUGGCUGUUUGAAAUGGCCACUAAUGAAUCAGAGCUACUAGCCUUCCCUGAAUGGCACAGGCAUACUCAUAAGCCCACUCCAUGAUCAACUUUUCAAAGGAGGGAGUAAUGACAAGAAUUAUGUGCAAUUUCCUGUUCUUUCUCAGCCAAAGGGAGUUUUUCCCUCGCCACUUUUGCUUUCAGCUUUCUUUUUAUAAAGGUGUAGAACUGAGUCUUUUUAGUCAAGUGUUUUAUGACAAAUGACUAAAAUGUGACAAAUGGAAUAUAGAUUUAAUACAUUCAGAUUCAUAAGAUUGUACCAUACUGUACCAUGACUGUGACUGCUUUUAUUGUCUCAAAGCUCUGAGUGGUCCACAAUGUGGUUUUUAAAAUCUAUUGUAUCAUUGUGUAGUGACACUUUAAUAAAUUUUUCUAAUUCUAACUCUAAGAUUCCCUUAUAAUAGUCCCAACCUUUUUCUCCUACUGUUUCUCUGCUUUCUCUCUAUCUGACAGUCUGCCCCUGCGUUUCUGGGUGAACGUGAUCAAGAACCCCCAGUUUGUGUUUGACAUCCAUAAGAGCAGCAUCACGGACGCCUGUCUGUCUGUGGUGGCCCAGACCUUCAUGGACUCCUGCUCUACAUCAGAGCACCGCCUGGGCAAGGACUCGCCCUCCAACAAGCUGCUCUACGCUAAAGACAUCCCCAACUACAAGAGCUGGGUGGAGAGGUACGAUUUCAGUUACCAUCAAUCUUAUUUGCUGUCAUAUCGACUUUUAUCUCAAAGAGUCAAACACUGAGUACUCUUGUGUCUCUUUGCUUCUGUCAGGUAUUACAGAGAUAUCAGUAAGAUGCCCACCAUCAGUGACCAGGACAUGGAUGCCUAUCUGGUGGAGCAGUCUCGUCUCCAUGGCACCGAGUUCAACACUCUUAGUGCUCUCAGUGAGCUCUACUUCUACAUCAACAAGUACAAAGAGGAGGUAAGAGGCAUGGGCCAAUCGUGUGCUUUAUUAGUCCUCAUAUUGUAAAAGUGCAACUUAUUUUAUACCUAAAUGUAAUGCAAUUAACGUUCUUAUUAAUGUUGAGAAAUUAUUUAUCUAACUCUUCUGUUCAGAUUUUGACAGCACUGGACAGGGAUGGGUACUGCCGCAAACACAAGUUGCGACACAAACUGGAACAAGCCAUUAACCUUAUGUCGGGCAGCAGCUGA